CCUUUAAAAGCGGGCUCCCUUCGGUCACACUGAGGCACAUCGUAAACGAGCGGAUAGAGAGGAGUGAAAAGUCUGUGACAGCUGCAUUUUGUUGUGUCAAAUCGGCUCCAGGAUGGUCUCGUCUUACCCUUUACCGGAUGGCUUCUCCGAGUUUGAUGUCUUCUCCCUGGGAUCGUGUCUGCUGGUGGAGGGUCUGCUGGGCUUCUUUUUAAAUGCGGUGACAAUCGUCGCUUUCCUCAAAGUGAGAGAACUGAGGACCCCCAGCAAUUUCCUAGUGUUCAGCUUAGCGAUGGCUGAUAUGGGCAUCUCCAUGAACGCCACCAUCGCCGCUUUCUCCAGCUUCCUGAGGUACUGGCCUUAUGGCUCUGAAGGAUGCCAGACUCACGGUUUCCAUGGCUUUGUGACAGCUCUCGCCAGCAUCCACUUUAUAGCCGCCAUCGCCUGGGACAGAUACCACCAGUACUGCACUAGGACAAAGCUGCAGUGGAGCAGCGCCAUCACUCUAGCUGUAUUUAUCUGGCUCUUCUCUGCCUUCUGGUCUGCCAUGCCCCUCAUCGGCUGGGGAGAGUACGACUAUGAGCCUCUCAGGACCUGCUGCACUCUGGACUACAGCAAGGGAGACAGAAACUAUGUGUCUUACUUGAUCCCCAUGAGCAUCUUUAACAUGGCCAUCCAGGUGUUUGUUGUUAUGUCCUCUUACCAGUCCAUUGCACAGAAAUUCAAGAAGACUGGAAACCCCAGGUUCAACCCCAACACUCCUCUUAAGACUAUGCUGUUCUGCUGGGGCCCCUAUGGCAUCCUGGCUUUCUACGCUGCUGUGGAGAAUGCCAACCUGGUCUCCCCCAAGCUUAGGAUGAUGGCUCCUAUCCUGGCUAAGACCUCUCCCACCUUCAAUGUCUUCCUGUAUGCUCUGGGAAAUGAGAACUACAGAGGAGGCAUCUGGCAGUUCCUCACUGGGGAAAAGAUCGAUGUGCCUCAAAUUGAGAACAAGUCCAAAUAAACUAAGCAUGCAAUAAUUACACACAA